UCUUACUUUUCCGUGCACUACACUGACCUUGAGAGAGUGCGGGGGCUGCAAAUGGCAGGAGAGUAUUUAAGCCUCCACCGGCGCCUGCUAUUUCUCCGACAUCCAGACAGACGUCACCAUGAAGGCCCUCGCUUUCCUUGCUUUGCUUGCAGCAGCAUUUGCUGCCUCAGAGAAUGACGAUAAGAUCGUGGGAGGCUCGGAGUGCUCCCGUCACUCUGUGCCCUAUCAGGUGUCUCUGAACGCCGGCUACCACUUCUGUGGAGGAUCCCUCAUCUCCAGCCAGUGGGUGGUCUCCGCUGCCCACUGCUACAAGUCCCGCAUCCAGGUGCGUCUGGGCGAGCACAACAUCGCUGUGAACGAGGGCACCGAACAGUGGAUCGAUUCUGCCAAGCUGAUCAGGCACCCUCAGUACAACAGCUACAACCUGGACAAUGAUAUCAUGCUCAUCAAGCUGAGCCGCCCCGCCGCCCUCAACAACUACGUCCAGACCAUUUCCCUGCCCUCACGUUGCCCUUUCGCCGACGAGAACUGCCUGGUGUCCGGGUGGGGCAACAUGGCCGCCAAUGGCAACAACUUCCCCGACCGGCUGCAGUGCCUGAGACAGCCCAUCAUUGACGACAGGAUCUGCAAGAACGCCUACCCCCACCUUUUCACCCAGAACAUGCUCUGCUCUGGUUUCAUGCACGGAGGCGCGAGCAGCUGCCAGGGAGACUCCGGUGGUCCUCUGGUGUGUAGCGGUCAGCUUCAAGGGGUGGUGUCCUGGGGUUACGAUUGCGCCAUGAAGGGACAUCCCAGCGUCUACGCCCGUGUGUGCCGCUACAACAACUGGAUCAGCAGUGUCAUGAGGAGCAACUAAGGCAUUAGACUCCAUUUAUGGACUGUACUGCAACACCAAACUUGACAAAAGAACAUGUUCAUUCACUAAAAACUGAUUUCGCCUUCAAA